AUGACGUCUCGUCAGGCUUCAGAAGAGAUUGUUGAAGCUUUUUGGAUCAUUCAUCUCACCACGUUUAUCCAGUGUCACAGUUUAGCAAAAUGUCAGCAGAAACUUCCAAAGCUCAGCUCUUAUCAAGCAAGUCUACAAGAUGAGAGCCUCGCUGCCGACGACCAGAACUUGCGCAAAAUGAAGACCAAGCCGAACCUCAGCGAGUCUCAGGUGGUGGAUCUGGUGAAGAAGCUGUACCACCUGACCGUAACAGAUGUCCAGCCACUGCCCAGUUUUGACGAUCAGAACUUUGAUGUGGCAGCCAGUGAUGGCAGAGAGUAUGUUUUUAAGAUCCUGAACUCUGAGUGGACUGAAAACACCACCUUGGUAGGAGUACAAACUGAUACCAUGUCCUUCCUGCGCCAAAAUGGACUACCUGUACAAAACACUUUGCCAAACUUCAAGGGAGAGCUGAUUUGCUGUGAGGACUUGGACUGCGGUUUUGGCCCUCAGAAGUACCUGGUGAGGUUGCUGACUUACCUGCCGGGGGUCACCAUAUCCAAGGUUCCACCGUCGCCUCAGCUGCUGUUGGAGGUUGGCAGGAUGGCGGCCAAAAUCGACGAGACUUUGCAAAAGAUGGAGCACCCUCAUCUCUGUACGCUGCUCAGGACGGAGUUCAGAUGGAGCUUAUCCAGGGUUCCUAUUCUAGAAUCGUACCUCAGGUUCUUGGAUGAAGGGCCUGUCCUGGAGAUGGUCAAGUCUGUCAUCCAACAGUAUGAAACUUCAGUGGCACCGAAAUACCCAAACUUUCGCAAGUGCAUCAACCACGGAGACUUGAACGAGCUCAACAUACUUGUGGAGCCUGAUGAGAAGAACAACUUCAGGGUUUCAGGGGUUCUUGACUUUGUGGACAUGACUAGUGGCUAUUUCAUCCACGAGUUGGCCAUCACCAUCGCGCACAUGAGCACGCUCUACUGCAACCCUGCUGAGGCGGGAGGCCCGGUCUUGGCAGGUUUCACAAGUGUCUUCCCUCUCAAUGAAGCUGAGAGAGAUUGUCUUUAUAUUCUGGUGUUAUCUCGACUUUGUCAGGUUAGCGUUUUACCCUGCUACUUUAUCACCCUGCAUCCAGAGAACUCAGAGUACAUCAUGGGGAUCCGCAGGAAGGCUGCUGGUGUUCUGAGUCGACUGUGGGAGCAAGGAAAGGAGCGUGUGGAGAAGAUUUGGUUCCAAUCUGCUGCUGAACUCAGAACCAUGGACUCCCUUCAGAUUUGUUGGAUUGUUCCCGACCGUGGAACCCAGCUCAUAUCUCAAGUUUGGCGGGCCGUCUGCAUGGCUGUCGAUGCCUCUGCAAGUUGUACCCCGCAGUGGAAUCUUAUGGCUAUCAGCCUUCACUGUUCCCAUCUCAGGACCAUGAAGCGACUGUACCCGCUGUACGCCAUCAACGCUGCCCAUCCACCUGAGGGGUGUUUGCUGCACCUCAUUCCCCUGAUCCACCCUCAAGUACUUAAGGAGUAG